AUUGCCGCCGCACCAUGUGCUCUCCUCCAGCUCCUGCGCACUGACCCGCAGUGACAGUUGACAGGGGGGAGAGACAGAGGCAGCGCCGAGAACACCAUGCCGCCGUCCCCGUCUCCGGCGCCGGCCCCUGCUCCGUCCGUCGCGUCGCUUUCUGGCGUCAUCAGCUCGCCGCCUUCUCCCUGCGCGGUCGCGUCGCCGGGGCCUGCGCCAGCGCCGGAGCCGUCUGCGGCGGCGGUGGUAAGGGCGGUAGCUGAUGGGAGGCGAGGAGGCGGGAGCCUGAGCCCACCGCUCAUCGCGAUGCUUGCGGUGGUGGGGGCGGCGCUGAUGGUGGUGCUGUACGCGCGGCUGGUGAAUCGCGUGUUCCGGGCGGCCCGGCGGCGGUGGCGCCGGCGCCGGCGGCUGCGGCUGCUGAUGAUCCCAGGCUCCCCCUCCGCCGGCGGAGGCGACUCCUUCGCGUCGUUCACCACGUACGACAACUACUACCACACCUUCUCGCCCUACUACGGCCUCGACGACGCGGCCAUCAAGUCGCUGCCGUCGGCGCAGUUCCUGGCCGCCGCCGCCGCGGCGCGCGGCUCGGGCGCGGCGCGGGAUUGCGCCGUGUGCCUGCUGGAGUUCGCCGACGGCGACGAGCUCCGCGCCCUGCCGCUCUGCGGGCACGCCUUCCACGCCGACUGCAUCGACGUCUGGCUCCGCGCGCACGCGUCCUGCCCGCUCUGCCGUGCUGCCGUCGCGCUCCCCCCGCCCGUCGCGUCCCCGCUCCGCGCCGCCCGACGCGUGCGCCCCAGUCUCGACGACCUCCUCUUCUUCCACCCUGUCCCGCCGCCCCCUCCCGACGGCGCCGGCGCCCUGCCGGAGAUCGCGCCGGCCAGCCCGGACCAGCUCAGCCCGCGGGACUUCCUGCUCAAGCGCUCCUAUUCCUUCGGCUUCGAGCGCAGCCUCGCCGUCGAGGCCGCGUCCACGGCGUCCCCUCCCUGGCGCUACCGCGUGUCCGCCGCCGACGGCGCAGCCUCCCGCAGCCGCAGCUUGUGGAGCAAGCGGUGGCCGUCCCCGUUCGGUGGCGGGGGAGGCUCGGCCGCCGCCCGCGUCUUCUCCUUCCGCUCGUACCGCUCCGCCGCGGCCAAGUCGUCCCCCUUCUCCCGCCGCCGCGGCCCCGGGGGCGGGAGCGGGUUCUUCAUGUCGCUGGCCUCCGAGCCCCCGUCCAUCCUCGCCGCGGCGAGGCGGAGCCGCGCGACCGCCGCGUCGAGCCGGCUCCGGUGCGGGGACCCCGAGGCGCUGCUCUCGCCGGACCGGCUCAGCCGCUGACCCACGGCCGCCGACGGUGAGACCACCGCGCGCGGUGAGCGGAUCUUGGCUUGUUGCUGUGGUGGUCGUGGUGGGCCUGCGUGGAGAGGGGGGCGGGCAGUAAUGGCGCGAUAAAUGCGAGGCCCUGCCGCGGUUUUAAUGGCGGGAGGACGUGUGCCCACUGCCCAGAGCGAGUGGUGCCGCUUCCUGCAGCGCGGCACUGGCACAGCUCUCUCUCUCACUGGCUGCGUUCUCACACACUCUCUCUCCUCUCUCUCACUGGCUGCGUUCACACACACUCUCUCUCUGCCACAGUGCCACUGGCUUGGUUUGGUUCGAAAUUUCAAAGCUCCGCAGCGUCCAAAUUUUGUUUCUGUUGGGGUCCGUGAGUCCGUCCAAAUUUUCCCAAAUGCAUGUCUCAGCCGUCCGAUCAGAAAACGAACGGUCUCCAGUGCUCGGCCACGUGGAGCCUUCGAUUUCUCGUCGGACGGCUCGUACAAGGGGACGGCUUGUUUGUUCUCCAGCUCGGCCUUUUUGUUUUCGACAUGUAAAAAAAAAUGAUGGCACAUUACAUUGUUUAUUAUAUCUUGGGCAUUUUGAGAGG